AGACGGAAUAGGACUUUGACUUUGAGAGACGUGAAUAUGAUUAUCAACGAUUUACAUGGACAUCUCAAAGGGGUUAUACGGCACCGUGACAUCAGGGGAUCGGCACUGACAGGCUUGCUCGACUUGGUAUUUUCUGCUUUGAUGAACUGUUCGGUCAUAUUAUUCCGACACUCAGCGUUUACACGAGUAGAGUACGAUGUCUUCCAAACUUUUUCGCUUUCUCCUACUGAUAACGACUUGCUUCCCCGUGGUGUCAAUAAGCAGCAUCUGUGGAGAACAAACUGCUCAAGCUUCUAAGAGGUACAAAUUUCUCUACUUUGUUUCUCCACUGGAAGGCAGCCACUACUUAGCCCUGUCCAUGUCGGGCAAGGAACUGGUUAAACAAGGCCACAAAGUGGUCUCCCUUGUCAGUAGCUCCAACAGUCGACGGUUGCAGACGGCCGACGCCGACUUCUCCGUCGUGGUAUUCAACUCGUCUUACACGCGUGAGAAACGAGCUGCCGUCAUGGAAAAAAUUGGCAAAGUGCUCGCCACGGGAGCCAUGCGAGGUUUCUUCGGCCACUUGGAGUGCGGCAUCAAGGGUAACUUGGCCGGCGAGCUGAAUGUAGCUAAAAUGUGGCUGCGCGAGUGCGACGACCUGUUAGGAGACAAUGCAACCAUGAGGCGGCUCCGACAGGAGAGAUUCGACAUGAUGGUUGCCGACGACAGCGUCCGUUGCAUUCCGCUCUUGGCACAAGCUCUGAACAUUCCCUUCAUCUACAGCAUCCCUGUUCACACAAUUCCCUCGAAACACAGUGUGUGGGCGGGGUUACCAAUUGAACCUUCGUACGUCCCCGAGGCAGUGAUUGGCCUCACCGACAGAAUGACGUUCCUACAGCGAGUCCAAAAUGUCCUGGCCUAUGAGUACUACAAAAUCUUGUGGUCCCUUGCGGAAGACCGCAAAGGUUUCGAUCAGCUUAAAGUCAAGUACAACAUCCGACCGGAGAUCAGCACUUACGAAUCCCACAAGCAAGCCUCUCUCUAUUUGUGCCAUGGGAGCUUCGCCUUAGAGUUUCCCAGACCCGUGCAACCAAACACAGUUUAUGUCCUCCAAAAAGCUGGUUCGACCCCUCACACAAAGACUGAAGACGAUAUAGCAAGUUUUCUGGACACGGCUCCCAAUGGCGUGGUUUUGUUUUCACUAGGCACUUACACUUCAUGCAUGGAGCUCCAAAAGGCCCAAGUGAUUGCUGAUGGUUUCGCUUUGCUUUCACAGCGGGUCCUCUGGCAGAGUAAGGCAUUACCCGCCGGAGUCAAGCUGGCAAACAAUACCAAGACUGUUGGCUGGCUGCCAUUAGCCAAAAUCAUGGAGCACGCCAACGUUAAAGUGUUCGUGAGUCAUGGCGGUAGCUUUAGUAUGUACGAAGCUAUGUGGGCUGGACUACCAAUGGUGGGCCUACCGCUAUUCGGAGACCAGAUGGGUAACUUCGAUCGGCUAGAGGACCGUGGGGUGGGAUUAGCGCUUGAUAUCACCACCUUAACACCGGAGUCGUUCAGUCAAUCUAUCCAGAAAGUCAUCUCUGACCCAAAGUUCCGUGACAACGCACGGCGUAUAUCCAUGAUCAUGCGGGACAUGCAGGUCAUGUCUCCCCCAGUCAAGACGGUCGCUCACUGGAUCCUGCACGUCACCAAGUUCGGCGGAGAUCAUCUGCGCCCGGCUGUACUGGACCUGAAUUUCAUCCAACGGAAUCUUCUCGAUGUCUAUCUCUUUAUUGUGGCCGUCUUGGCCUUGUUCUUGGGGUUGAACUUCUAUCUGUGCUACUGCUGCUGUAAGUGUAUGUGCGUUAAGGCUUGGAAAAGCCAUCUGAAAAAGGACUAAACGAUUUAUUUGGGUAACCCAGA